CUCAGACCCCAGCCUCCUCCCUCAGACCCCAGCCUCCUCCCUCAGACCCAGGAGUGCAGACCCCAGCCUCCUCCUGAUCCAUGCCAGCCCUUUCCUUCGGACCCCUAUUGGAAAGACCCCCCCACCCCCGUUGCAUCAUCCGUCCAGGCUGCCCUGGCCACGGUGGAAUUCAGGUUUCUGCCAAGUGUGUCAAAUAUCACGCGUCAGGAGUGGGGAGGGCACGUGGGCGGGCCUGUCUGGGUAUAAAUUCUGGGACUGCUGGGAUCACCAGACAGCCUGAGUGUCUUGUCAGCCAGGCGUUCGGUGGGAGACACAGGCAUUCAUGUUGCCUGGGCCACAGGCUGCAGCUGGAUCCAUCCGCUCUGCUGGGACACCCAAGUCAGAGGCCAGCUCCGACCACCGCCCCUCAGACUCGCUCGCCGGGGCCCUCCUAGAGAAGCGCGUUAUUGAUGGACUGGAUGACAUCUAGAGUCGGGGUCCCGGGACUGUGGGUCCCUCUGCUGGCUGUCUUCCUGCUGGGGGUCUCCCAGGCACGCCCCAUCCCUGACUCCAGCCCCCUCCUCCAGUUUGGGGGUCAAGUCCGGCACCGGCACCUCUACACAGACGACGACCAGGACACGGAAGCCCACCUGGAGAUCAGGGAGGACGGCACGGUGGAAGGCACCGCACACCGCAGCCCGGAAAGUCUCCUGGAGCUCAAAGCCUUGAAGCCGGGGGUCAUCCAAAUCCUGGGUGUCAAGGCUGCUAGGUUUCUUUGCCAGCAACCAGACGGAAGCCUGUACGGAUCGCCUCACUUCGAUCCCGAGGCCUGCAGUUUCCGGGAGCUCCUGCUUGAGGAUGGAUACAAUGUGUACCAGUCGGAAGCCCACGGCCUGCCCCUGCGCCUGCCCCAGAGGGACGCUCCGAGCCAGCCCCCAGCAUCCUGGGGACCGGUGCGCUUCCUGCCAGUGCCCGGACUGUUCCAGCCGCCCCACGACCUCCCAGGGCGCCCGGCCCCAGAGCCUCCGGACGUGGGCUCCUCCGACCCACUGAGCAUGGUGGGGCCUUUGCAGGACGGGAGCCCCAGCUAUGCCUCCUGAGCCUCCCUGACUCAGGGAACGUAUCUUUUGGGGUUUCUUCUUAUUUAUUGUGGGUAUUUAUCUAUUUAUUUUAAAUUUUUUCUUACUUGGGACAAUAAAGAGUCUGAAAGA